AGCAGUAGUGUGGUUCUAUAUAUAUGGAGACACACACAUUUACACUGUGUACCAAGCUACUCUUAGGAGAAGAUCAGAAGCUUAAUUAACCAGUGUCAUAUGUGCAUCUAGGACAAUUAACGUUGUUUAAGAACAUCCCAGUGAUCGAUUACUGUCAUCUGGGAGGACUAAAGCAGCAGCUAGCUAGCCAUGACGAUCGUGGAGAUGCAGAUGAACAUGGACUGCGACGGAUGCGAGGGCAACGUCAGGAAGGCUCUCCUCAGGCUUCAGGGGGUGGACUACGUGGACGUGGACAGGGUGCGGGGGAAGGUGACGGUGACGGGGUCGGCGAGCCAGAAGAAGGUGCUGCGCGCGGCGCGGCGGUCGGGGAGGCUCGCCGUGCUGUGGCCGUCGGCGUACAACACCGACCACCACCAAGCCUACUACGCGCAGCCGCAGCCGCUGCCGGCGUACCACCACCACCACCACCACAACGCCAAGCCGGCCGUCGCCGCUCGCGCGCAUCAGCACCACUACAGCAGCGUGCAGCACGACAAGAUCAGCGGCGGCGGCGGCGGAGGAGGAUGGAUGGUGUUGCAGGCGCGGCACCAGCCUAAGGUGAGCUCGUACAACUACCACGUCCAUGGCUACUUCGACUCCGACCUGUACGGGUACAGCCACCACCACCACCACGACCACGCCGACGUCGUGCCGGCCGCCGCGAGGAGCUACUUCAGCGACGAGAACCCGCACGCCUGCACGAUCAUGUGACCGACCCCAGCGCCGCCUUCGCCGUCUCCGUCGGCCGGCCGAUCGGCCUCUGUUUUGCAUCGCGCCCCUGCUUCUUUUUGCGUGGCUUUGUGCAGUUUUUGCCCGUUUCAGAGAUCGCUCUGCGUGUUUUUAUUACUACUGCCUCGCUAGUUUCAUGUACAAAUCAAACAACAAAGUUUGCUUUAGGUUUAAUAUGGACAAUCCAGAUUGCAUAUUAGAGUUUUAUUUCAAAUUUGUCAGUAGUAAAUUUAUGUGAAAUAUAAAAGGGAUGACUGAUACAG